AUGCACGCCGUGAAUGAAUAUUAUUUUCGAAGAAUAAUAAAAGAACGCCGUGGGUAAUACAUUUCAAACGCAGUUUACGCACGCCAUUAAACUGGCCAAAUAUCGAAUGAAAAAAGGGUCAAAAUUAAAUGGAUUUCGGGACUCUGAUGCCGGCGGUGCAGGAAGAUUCGGCAACGGUCCGGGCGAUAUCGACAAGUCUGAAGCCGAUGACGGUGCUUCUAGUCGGCGGACCCGAUCUGGUGGUUCUAGUCGAUGACGGUGGCGGCGGCGACAGUGAGUAUAAGAAGAGAGACUCGGCGACAGUCUGAAGCCUCCUCUCCCUCUCUUCCCAUAUCCCAUUCCAUGUCGACCCUCCGCUCCCAUUGCCGCUGCCCCUCCUCCUCCACUCCCAACCCUAUCCCCGCCACCCAGCCUUCCCUCCUUGGAGGAAGCACCGCCGAGAUUGUCCGCGUCCUCGGUGGUCCGGCCGUCGGAGAUACACAGUCCAGAUGCUUGAGAUUGGCCUCCGAGGCGGUCGCCGUCCGGCAAUUGCUUGGUCAUCGUUUACCACCUGAUGCACGGCAAGCCAAAUCUGAAUGGACCUUUCAUUGUCAAGCUAACCAGAACCUGAACCACAUAUAUAGCUAGAUAUAGGAACUGCAGAAUGGCAGGCUUUGUACACCAUACAGCUAACUCAGAAGCCGAAGAAGUAUCAUGAUGGUUUCUUGCAACUAGCAAUUACUGGGUCUCAUGGAAAGCCGGUUGACUUAUCUUGCUAUCCUUAUAUCAUUGUCCAUAAGUCCCAUCUUUUUAUUUGUUAGUCUCAAUAAGUGACCACCAAUCUUAUGUCUUCCAUUUACCAACCUUAUUUACGAUCAAAUUGAUAUAGAAUGGGUAAAAAAAAAAUUUGUGUAAUGUAACUAAAAUGGGUAUCAAUAGUUUGUGUGCAGUGAUAUCCUUCUUUGUCGUCGCCAAGUGAAUCUUUGUCUCGCUCUAUACUUUUUGUCUUUCUCUUUUAAGUGAUAUUUUUUUGUUGGAACCUGAUGCAUGUAACUAAAAUGUAAAAGCGGAAAUUUUACUUUGUCUGAGCUUAGUUUGCUUAAUAAUGGUUCGGGGUUUUUUCGUGCAGGACAAUAAACGAGUAGUCUAGUUUUGCUUGGAAGAGAAUGAGAGCUUGCAUUUUGAAUUUAUGAGGGAAGCAUGCACUUCUGCUGCAUUUUCAAAGGAGCAAGCUAGUGCGCUGGUGUUGCCCACUGCCAGAUUUAUCAAUUCUUGUGAUAAGGUGCAAAUUCAAUUGGCACCUGAGAAAUUGGUAAGUGUUUGCAGGAGGUUCAAAGAUCAUGUUAUGCAGCUUGAAGCCCCAUUGAGAGGAGUGGCACCAAUGUUGACGUGCCGAAUGCCCAUAAAUGACUCUUUUUGCUUUUGUGUAGGGAAGACGUAAAGGUGCAGUAUCUUCACUUAAGGUUUAAGCCUCUUUGUAAGUGUUAAGUUAAGAUGUCAGUUUUAUGCGCAUUGCACUAUUAUAUGAAAGCGCUAACAAAUAAUAAUCCCAAUAGAUAUGUAUUCCGUUAAAUUAAUAAAUUUACUGCUAGCAACUUUUGAGCUAUGUUUACCUCUACCAUUUGUAAUGCUAGCUAGAGUUUAGAGUUUGCUUCUUUUUUUUGCCUAAAGAUCGCGAGUUUAGAGUUUGCUUGCAUUGUAUCAUUCUGCGCAACACCAAAUGUAUUGUGUGUAUAUAUCGAUAUAUAGAUCAGUAUGCAGUUAUGCACCCUAUUUUAACACCAUCUUUGAAAUUGAGAAGACGUAAGGAGCAGACGUGCAGUACUGUUUUCAAGCUUUGAGCCUGUUGAGGCAUGAGUUUUUUUGUGCAUUUUGCAUUAUUAUGUGUGAAGAAAAAUUGUAAUUAACAUGUGUGUUGCGCUAGUAAGAGUAAGGAAGUGUAAAGGGUGGCAAAAGAAUGGAAUAAAGAGGAGUUUGCCACGUAAUGAAGUGUAAAGGAUAGAGAUAAAUAACCAGCCAAAGUAAAAGGGUACGCAACUAAAGAGAGAAUUUGCCAACCUUUGCUUUCUUCUUCGAUCAAAAAAAAAAAUCCUUUGCUUUCUUCGCCGGCGUAAUGAUGAGAUUCUAGCAUGAAAUGCAUUGGAACAGGAAUAUAAAACUUACUUGGGAUGCAAGUCUGAUAGGCCGGCCCCUUAAGAUGCACACUGAAUACUAUUCUUUCAGUCCUUUUUGUGUUGAUAAAUAUAUGCACAAACGUCAGUAUUAGUUGCCACUUCCACUUAUAGCUACCUCGAAGGGAAGAAAUGUCUUCUGCCAGAAAUACCAUGACCGGCAUGGACAGUGAGAGCAUCAAGAAAUACUUGUUCCAGACAGCCAUGAAAAGCCAAUGGGAAGAAGUUGUCCGAGCAUAUAGGCAAAACGAGUGGGCUGACAAGACAAGGAUCACCAAGUCAGGUGACACAGCAUUGCACAUAGCAGUGUUAGAUGGCCAAGAGGAACGUGUUGAAGAACUAGUAAACCUGGUUUCCAAAAAGGAGCUGGCGCUGGCGCUGGAAAUCCAAAAUGAGCGAGGGGACACCCCUCUCCAUUUGGCUGCAGCACAGGGGAAUGUGAGAAUGUGCGAAUGCAUUGCCAAAGGUCGUGCUUCUUUGGUUGAUAUUCUCAACAAAGAUAAAGAGACCCCUCUCUUCUUGGCUGCUUGCCAUGGUAAAAAAGAUGCCUUCUUGUGUCUCCACUACAUUUGUAGUACUCGUGACAAGCCUCAUCCAAACUACAAUUACUGUAGGAGGGGUGAUGGGGAGACUAUCUUGCAUUGUGCAAUUGCUGGGGACUACUUUGAUUUGGCAUUUCAGAUAAUAGCUCUGUAUAAAGAUCUAGUUAAUUAUGUUAAUGAAGCUGGGUUUUCACCUCUCCAUCUUCUGGCGAGUAAGCCUUCCGCUUUCAAAAGUGGUAGCCCCCUUAGACCUUGGAGAAUAAUCAUUUACCACUGUAUAUUGGUCGAUGAGCUGAAGGUGGAAGAAGAACGUCACUUCCGUCAGCGGGUAAUUAAUACAAUUAACUCUGAAAAGGCUCCAAAAUACCCAAAAAACUACAAAACCUGCAUCAACUUCUUGCUAGUGUUCUGGAAGAUGGCUCAAGCAUUAGUUACUCAUAAAGAAGUCGACCAAACGAAUAUUCAUGUAGGAAAAGGAUCUACAGAUCCAAAGAACCCUGAACCUAAAGGAGGAAAUCCAGGUGAUUGCAAUGCCUGCUUUGAUUAUGUAGAUCCAGAGAACCCUGAACCUAAAGGAGGAAAUCCAGGUCAUUACAAUGCCUGCUUUGAUUAUGUCAAGCUUUUAUCAAAGGCAAUGCUGAUUGUUCUUGGAAUAGGGUCUACGGAGAUACGGAAGAUAAGGAACAAGAAAGAAAAGCACAAAUGGGCUGUUCAGAUCAUGGACAAGCUACUAGAAAGUGCUUCGAUGUAUGAAUAUGAAGACAGUGGUAUGAACCCGCAGGCAGCAACAAUAUCGCCCCACAAGGACGAUGAAACAAGGCCUUACAAAAUUUCCGAUGGUGGCGACCAAAUCACCCUCGGAAGCAUUGAAGAACAAUCAAUGGCACUUCCUCCUAGUACUACUGAUCAACAAAACGAAAACAAAGGAAACAACGGAACCAACGGUCAAGAACAAAAAAGAGUCAUUGGAGAAGGGUCACUGCCGCCAGAAGUGAAGAAGAAUAAAAACCCUGAGAUGGAAAAGAAGGAAACACCGAUAUUGAUUGCUGCGAAGAAUGGCGUCACUGAAAUGGUCGAGAAGAUCCUAGAGCUUUUUCCAGUGGCCAUCCAUGACCUUAAUGCACAGAAAAAGAAUAUAGUUCUGUUGGCUGUGGAGAACAGGCAACCCCAUGUGUACCAACUCUUGCUAAAGAGAAGGAUCAUGAAAGAAAGCGUUUUCUGCCAAGUGGAUGAAGAUGGCAAUAGUGCAUUACACCUUGCAGCAAAGUUGGGAGAAUACAAGCCUUGGCUAAUUCCCGGUGCUGCCUUGCAAAUGCAAUGGGAAAUCAAGUGGUAUGAGUUCGUGAAAAACAGUCAAAACUCAAUGUCGUUCCACUUCUUCGUCCGCUACAACCAGAAAAGCCAAACCGCAAGGGACAUCUUCACCGAAACCCACACCGAGAUCGUUAAAGACGGCGGCAAUUGGCUGGCCAACACCUCCCAGUCGUGCUCCGUAGUCGCCGCCCUCAUCGCCACCGUCGCCUUCGCCACCGCAUCCACCGUCCCCGGCGGCACAAAAGAGGAAAACGGCAAGCCCACCCUCGAAAACCAGCCGGCUUUCGACGUUUUCGGCAUCGCCUCCCUCGUCGCCCUUUGCUUCUCCGUCACUGCAAUGGUGAUGUUCCUGGCCAUUCUGACGUCACGGUAUCAGGAGAGGGACUUCGGGAAAGAGCUGCCGAGGAAGCUCCUUUUUGGCCUGACGUCGCUGUUUUUGUCCAUCGCUUCGAUGCUGGUAUCGUUUUGCGCCGGACACUUCUUCGUGCUGAAAGAUGAGCUGAAAUACGCGGCGUUUCCGGUUUAUGCAAUAACGUGUUUGCCGGUGUCGUUUUUCGCCAUAGCGCAGUUUCCGUUGUACGUUGAUCUGGUGUGGGCUACGUUUAAGAAGGUGCCACAGCGGAGUUACAAGGACUGAUCGUUGAUAACUUAGAAAAUGUCGAUCUUUGAGUUACAUAUAUAGUCAUCAAAAAAGUCAAAAGUCCACUCUCACCAUUAGCAUUUUUGAUGCACCAAGUGUGUCUUUUGUUUUUCUUGGCUUUGCGUUUGCUUAGUGUUGCUUUCUUGGUUGUAUUCCUCUUUGCUUGCCCUUGUGGCUUAAUGAAUUCUCAUUAUCGACCAAAAAAAAUAGUGUGUCUUUUGUAACUUUGUAAGAUCUCUAUUGUAAUUUAGAGCCCAAAGCCCGCAAAGGACAUGAAACACGCAAGCUUCGAGCCUGCUGAAAAAAGGGGCUUUGUUCAGAUUGUUUUCCAGGCGAUAUUAAC